CCUGCUCCGUACUCCCUUAAUCUUAUAAUUUACUCCCCUUGACUCUUUCCAACCUACUUUCGCAAACAAGUGCUGUAGAACACUUGGGGAAUUGUUAUAUUUUCAGUUGUUGAUGGUAUAAACACCAACAGAAUGCUGCUUCUUGAAUACCAUAACGUCCUCAUCCACACCCUCCUCACGGAGCGGUUCUCGGGUGCUCCCCCGGUAUCAAUUGAUCAAGUCGUUUCCGACUUCGACGGUGUUACCUUCCAUGUGUCUACCCCCGAAUCGAAGUCCCAGAUCCUCAUCUCGAUCAAUGUGAAGUGUUUCAGAGAGCUGGUCCAGUGUGGUGCCCAGCAGGUCCUGGAGAGAGAAUAUGGGUCGUACAUUGUCGCCCCCGAGCCGGGUUAUGAUUUCUCGGUAUUGAUCGACUUGGAAAACCUCCCCGCUGACCAGGAAGCGCGGGAUGAACUCAUCAUGCGGCUGGCCCUGAUGAAGCGUAACGCCAUGGCGGCUCCGUUCGAGAAAGCCUUCAGCGAAUUCUCUAGCCUUGCGGAGGAGGCUGCCCAAUACACUUCUGAGUCAGCUCCCCAGGGGGUGAAGGAGGGAGGACAGGUGAUGGCAAUCCACUACCGGGAGGAGGAAGCCAUCUAUGUCAAGGCCAGCUAUGACCGAGUCACGGUGAUCUUCAGCACCGUCUUCCGUGAAGAGACCGAUCGCAUCUUUGGCAAGGUCUUCGUGCAGGAGUUUGUGGACGCUCGUCGCCGUGUAUUGACUCUGCAAAACGCCCCGCAAGUGCUUUUCCGGAACGACCCUCCCCUGGAGUUGGAGGGUGUUCCUGGCCUUGCCAACGAUGGCAAGACUAGCUACGUAACUUUCGUGCUCUUCCCCCGCCACUUGUCCGCCCAGCGACGUUACGACAACAUCUCCCAUAUCCAAAUCUUCCGCGAUUACUUCCAUUACCACAUCAAAGCCUCGAAGGUGUACCUCCAUACCCGGAUGCGCAAGAGAACCGCCGACUUCCUCCAGGUUCUCAACCGAGCUCGGCCGGAGAACGAGGAGCGGGAGCGAAAGACCGCCAGUGGCCGGACUUUCCGGGUGCAGGCGUAGAGCAACUGGCGGUGGAGUGUAUGUGGUUUGUGUUGACGAGGAAACAAACGAGGGUCAAGCAUACAUGUUACACAGACAAACCGAAUAUGCGAAUUGUACAGGAUGGCGUCUCCAGAGAGAUAUCUCUGUGGCUCCUUUAAUAUAUACUGAGCCCGUACAUUCGUAUCUUCCGCAUUCCCUCCUACCAAUCAAUCGGCCAGUAUAGAAA